UCUUCUUCCCCACACACGAACAUAUUCUCCGGCCAUCAUGUCUCCAAUUUCCGGCCGUCACGCGUCGUCGGAGCUGACGGCGGAAGGAAUAGCAGCCUCAGGUCUAACAUCGGAAAAACUAAGCUUACCAACUCUACAAUCAAAGAUGAAAUGCGAUCCAGAAGGAUACGAAGCUGAACUAACAUUAGUAUACAAUCAAUUCAAGUCGUCCAUGGAUCUCUUCGAACAACAAGCAGCACUAAAUUUCACUUCCCUUAGCGGUGUAUCAACUGACCCGACUGUUUCUAAGGACUUAGGUGACCGUGCUAUGUUUUUAUCACAUGUAACUCCGUUUAAUCCUAAAAAGCUUGUUAAUUUCCCUAAAGAGUUAGCUCAGUUGCUUCGUUCUUCGGCUCGGACUUUGCCUUCUGGACUACGUGUUCAUGUUACUCAAGCUUUGAUUUUACUCGUUAAUCGAAAGAUUGUUGACAUUGGGGAGACACUUGCAUUGUUCAUGGAGCUCCAAACUCUGGGGGAUAGGGUUUUGAGAAAAUUGGCUUUCUCUCAUAUUAUCCAUAGUAUUAGGCGUAUGAAUCAGAAGCACAAGAAUGAUACGAAAAAUCGGGCACUUCAGAAUAUUUUGUUUGCUUUGCUACAGCAAGAGGAUGAAGCAAAAGCAAAAAGAUCACUGAUCACACUUUGUGAGCUUCAUCGAAGAAGGGUGUGGUUUGAUGAUAGAACAGCAAAUGCUAUAUGCUCGGCAUGCUUUCAUUCAUCAUCGAGGAUUAUGAUUGCCUCUUUAUCCUUUCUUCUUGAUUAUGAGAAAAUUGAAGAUGACUCAGAUAGUGAUAUGGCAGAUAGUGAAGAUGAGCAGACAGCCAAUCAGCCUCAGGUUUUGCUAAAUAAAGAGGCUAUUUAUAAGGCAAAUAAUAAGGGUACAUCGUCCAGCAAAAAGAAAAAGCAAGCAAAGUUGCAGCGUGCCGUCCGCAGCAUGAAGAAGCAGCAGCGCUUGCAAUCUGAAAAUAACAACACUAGUUAUUAUUCCCCAUUAAACCACUUAAAGGAUGCUCAGGGAUUUGCUGAAAAGCUUUUCUCACGUCUUCAGACUUGCAAUGAGAGGUUUGAGGUUAAAAUGAUGUUGAUGAAAGUAAUUGCCCGAACAGUUGGGCUCCAUCACUUGAUUUUGUUGAACUUCUAUCCUUACCUUCAGAGAUAUGUUCAGCCCCAUCAGCGUGAUGUGACAAAUUUGCUUGCUGCAGCGGUUCAGGCAUGUCAUGAUAUGGUGCCUCCUGAUGCUGUUGAACCAUUAUUUAAACAAGUAGUCAAUCAGUUUGUGCAUGACCGUUCAAGGCCUGAGGCUAUAUCUGUCGGACUUAAUGUAAUCCGAGAAAUAUGCUUACGCAUGCCUUUGUUGAUGACAGAAGAUUUGCUACAAGACCUCGUGUUGUAUAAAAAAUCGAAUGAGAAGGCAGUUUCUGCAUCGGCUCGAUCGCUUCUUACUUUGUUCAGAGAGGUUUGCCCUUCACUUCUAGUUAAGAAGGACAGAGGGCGCCCUACUAACCCAAAAGCAAGGCCUAAGGCAUUUGGUGAGGUUAGUGUUGCCAGCAGUGUUCCUGGCAUUGAGUUGCUGGAUCAGGAGGACAGUGAUGAUGAUGUAGAGGAGGGGUCUGUUGGCUUGUCUGACCAUGAUGAUCAAAGUGAUGAUGAUGUUAACCCAGGCGAAGAGGAUGCCAAUUGUGAAAAAGAUGGAGAUGAUGCUUCUGACAAUGAAUCUGGUGAUGAUCAUGAAAUUGAUGAUGAAUGUGAUAGUGAUGAAGAUAACAAAUCGCAAGCUGCUGAAGAAUUUUCAGAAGAUGAUGAUGCAAUUGAUAGUGCAUCAGCUACUGAAGAUGAUGAGAGUGAUGAUGAAGAAGAGGGUGUUGAUGGCGAUAUAAUGCAGGAUAACAAUAGCUGGGCUUCUGAAGAGGAUGAUGUGGACGAAAAGGUCUCUAAAGGAACAAAACGGAAAAUAUCUGAGAUUGAUGUAAAUGCUGCUAGUAAUAGCCUUCGUGCUUUAAAGAAAUUAGCAGGGGCGAACAUGGAACCUAACUCCCUGAAUAUGGAGGAUGGUAUUUUAUCUAAUGAGGACUUCAAAAGAAUCAAAGAACUCAAGGCGAAAAAUGACGCGAGAACAGUUUUAGCACAACAUGGAUUUAAGCUUCCCAGCUCAGACCAAAUUAGUACAAAAAGAGUUGAUGCUGCUAAACUUGAGGCUAACAUACGAAAGAAGCUUAGCAAGGAAGAGAGACUGGCAAUCAUUCGGGCUGGUAGAGAGGAUAGAGGGAGAUACCAAGCUAAAACUGCUCUGAAAAAGAAGAAGACGGGUGGUUCAAGCAAUCAGCAAAAAGAGCACCAAAAACGCAUGCCAUUAGCAGCAAAGAGAUCCAAGGUUGCAAAAUCUAAGAUCGAGAAAAAGAGAAAGCAGGCGCGUGCUGGCAAACAAUUUCGAGGGAGAAAAGCUUGGAAGUAAAGUGAAAACUAACUUUCGUCUUCCCAAUUUUGUCAAAAGUAAAAAUCAGAGAAACAGAAAAUGUGCAUUUUUAUUCUUCAUAUUGGAUCAUGCAAUUUUAGUUGUGUUUUUUGCCCUAAUUUAUUGUAGAACAAUAACGUCAAGAGAGUAAAUUUUAAUUCGAAAAAGCAGAGCGAUUCUUUCUCUUCA